AUGGCGUCCCCAGGGGGCCGGGCUUCCGCAUGCCCCGCCCCAACAUGGCCGCCGGCCCCGCCCCCUCGGCUGCGCGCCAAGGGCAAGAUGGCGGCGCUGCGGGCGCUGGGGCGGCUGCGGGCACCUUCGGGGCUGCGGGCGGCGGUGAAGCUGGGAGCGGCCCCGACCCGGGGCUCCAAGCAAUGGCAGCCCGACGUGGAGUGGGCCCAGCAGUUCGCCGGUGCCGUCAUGUACCCGGACAAGACGACGGAGAAGUGGGUGCCGCCCCCCUGGAACGACAAGGACCCCCUGGCUCACAAGAACGUCUCCAGCCUCACCAUCAACUUCGGCCCCCAGCACCCGGCAGCACACGGGGUCCUGCGCCUGGUGAUGGAGCUGAGCGGGGAGACGGUGAAGAAGUGUGACCCCCACAUCGGGCUGCUGCACCGUGGCACCGAGAAGCUCAUCGAGUACAAAACCUACCUGCAGGCUCUGCCCUACUUCGACCGCCUGGAUUACGUCUCCAUGAUGUGCAACGAGCAGGCCUAUUCCCUGGCCGUGGAGAAACUGCUCAACAUCCGACCCCCCCUGCGGGCACAGUGGAUCCGAGUCCUCUUCGCUGAGAUCACUCGGCUGCUCAACCACAUCAUGGCCGUCACCACACACGCUCUGGACAUCGGGGCCAUGACCCCCUUCUUCUGGAUGUUUGAGGAGAGGGAGAAGAUGUUCGAGUUCUACGAGCGGGUCUCAGGGGCGCGCAUGCACGCUGCCUACAUCCGACCCGGAGGGGUGCACCAGGACCUCCCCCUGGGGCUGAUGGACGACAUCUACGAGUUUGCCAAGAACUUCUCCUUGCGGAUCGAUGAGGUGGAGGAGAUGCUGACGAACAACCGCAUCUGGAGGAACCGCACGAUUGACAUCGGGGUGAUCACUGCGGAGGAGGCUCUCAACUAUGGCUUCAGCGGGGUGAUGCUCCGGGGCUCAGGGAUCCACUGGGACCUGCGCAAGACCCAACCCUACGACGUCUACGACCAAGUGGAGUUUGAUGUCCCCAUCGGCUCCCACGGCGACUGCUACGACAGGUACCUGUGCCGGGUGGAGGAGAUGCGUCAGUCCCUGCGGAUCAUCCACCAGUGCCUCAACAAGAUGCCCCCAGGGGAGAUCAAAGUGGACGAUGCCAAAAUCUCCCCCCCAAAGAGGGCAGAGAUGAAGACCUCCAUGGAGUCCCUGAUCCAUCACUUCAAACUCUACACUGAGGGCUACCAAGUCCCCCCCGGAGCCACCUACACAGCCAUCGAAGCCCCCAAGGGUGAAUUUGGUGUUUAUUUGGUCUCAGAUGGCAGCAGCCGACCCUACCGCUGCAAGAUCAAGGCCCCAGGAUUUGCUCACCUGGCUGGGCUGGAUCGGAUGUCCCAGGGCCACAUGCUGGCAGACGUGGUGGCCAUCAUUGGCACCCAGGACAUCGUUUUCGGGGAGGUGGAUCGAUGAGGGGUGACCCCCACCUCCCCUGUCCUCAUCCUGCUGCGUGUGCUGCUCUGGGUGGGGGUCCCGGUCCCCCCUCUGUGUCCCCUUUCUGAGUCAAAUAAAGACAAACCCCGGUCUUGGCUCUGC